AUGCGUUGUGCAGCUGCUGCAGUCCUCUUGGCGGCCGGCGCCCAUGCCGCCGCCAUCACUCCUGUUACUGAAGCAAAUGCUUCCAGUACCGCCGGGGGUUGGGAGACCAGGUACACUGCCACCGGUGCCGCUGACGUCGCGGCUGCUGCUGCCAUUGCCAAGACCAGCAGCCCGACGAGCCACGUCAAGGGCAAGGUCUUUGACCGCUUCGUCAUUAUCUGGAAUGAAAACACCGAUUAUGACAAGGCUAUUGGUGACCCCAACUUUGCGUGGCUCGCCAAGAAGGGCAUCACGCUGAGCAACAACUUUGCCGUCACGCAUCCUUCUGAGCCCAAUUAUUUUGCUUCCGUGUCGGGCGACUACCUCGGAAUGCAAAACGAUAAUUUUAAUCGUGCCGACCGCAACGUCUCUACCGUGUUUGACCUGCUCGAUCAGAAGAAAGUCUCCUGGAGCACGUUCCAGGAAGACUUGCCUUAUUCUGGCUUUGAAGGCAUGGCCUGGGUCAACCAACAGAAUGGAGCAAACGACUACGUUCGCAAGCAUAACCCGCCAAUCUUCUUUGACAGCGUCACCAGCUCAGAGCAGCGCCUGUCCCAGAUCAAAAACCUCUCCAUGAUCCACCCGGAGCGCUCCCAGUUCCACAAAGAUCUCAAGGCCAACACGCUGCCGCAAUGGCUCUUUAUUACUCCCAACAUGACUUCGGACGGUCACGAUACCUCUGUGACCGUUGCUGGUGUUUGGAACAGGAACUUCCUCGAGCCGCUCCUCGAGGACAAGAACUUCAUGAACAACACCUUGGUUUUGAUCACGUGGGAUGAGAAUGAGACGUACACGCAACAGAACCGCAUCCUCGGCAUCCUUCUGGGCGACGCCGUCCCUCAAGAACUCGUUGGCACGACGGAUUCCAACUUUUACAACCACUACUCUGAGCUGGCGACAGUGCAGAACAACUGGGGCCUCUCCUCCCUCGCACGAUGGGAUCUCGGCGCCAACGUCUACAAGUUCGUCGCCGACAAGACCAAGACCGUUGUGCGCCCGUGGAGCAAGACGGCGACGGUGCCCGACCGCUUCUUCAACCAGUCGUACGCGGGCUUCUUCAACACCCAGGCGCCCAAGCAGUACCCCAAGCCCAACUUGGCGUUGCACAAGAACAAGGCCGGCAGGAAGAUUCUCAAGUCGGUCAAGGAGAUUUGGAAGCACAGCAAGGCGCCUACGUACUACAAGGAUACCGUUCAGGUUCCGGAUGGGCUGAACCCGCCUCCUGGGUACGAGGCGUAA